AUGGUCAAAGAAAUCAUUGGAGUGACAUUAUUAAUGACAUCUGUACCACCAAUGAGAUUAAUGAUGAUGAGCAUUUUUCAAUAUGCUGACAAACCUAAAUUAGCCAAUCAUAUAAAACUGAAGCACAAUAUCAACGUCAGCAACGACACAGCAACAAACACCAACAACAAAAAUGACGUCACCAACAGUAGGAAUUACGUCAACGACGACGACAACAACAACAUUAUUGGUUCAAGCAUUGAUGAUGUUUCUGGUAUCACUAACACAGCAAACUACUACACUGCUGGCAGUUCAAACAACAACAUAAACAACAACGUCAUUAGAGAUUUGGCAGCUAAUAAAUUUUCAGGAAAAACCAUGCCAUCAAUGACGCCAUCAACCACAGUGACCAACAACAUCAGCAACAACAUCAGCAACAACAUCAACCAGUUUAUUCAAAAACCAAAGAUCAGUCAAACCGUUAAAAAAAUUAACACCAUCAACCUCACUAAUAUCAAAAUCAAAAAGAACAACAGGAGGGUGACAUUCAAAGGGGUCACGGUAUUUUACUUCCAACGCAAACAGGGUUUCACCUGUGUUCCCAGCCAGGGCGGUUCCACAUUGGGUUAG